AUGACAAUCAUCAGUCGGGCUGUCGUUGUAGCAUUUCUAUGCAAGUCUGCAGCAGCGAGACUCAUACCCCGGGCGCUGUCCAUACCGACCGAUGUCCCAAACAACUGGACAUAUGUCGGCUGCUAUGUUGACAACCUCGAUGGCCGCGCCUUGCCUUCCGACGGUUUCAAUAAUGCUACCUCAAUGACAAACCAGGGCUGUGCCCUGUACUGCAUGGACAAAGGCUUCCCCUUUGCUGGGACCGAAUAUGGCGAUGAAUGCUACUGUGGUGAAAAGGUCGACGAGGCCGCGACAAAGGCCGAUAACUCGGAAUGUUCCAUGGCAUGUGCUGGCGAUGCCACUCAACCAUGUGGUGCUGGAAAUAGAUUGAGCGUCUUCACCGGUGCAGUCUCAGAGCCUGCUCCUCCCGCACCCAUCGAUGGAUGGGCCUACGAAGGUUGCUACAUCGAUGAAGCUGGGAGAACACUCACUUACGGUGCCCAAGUCGCUGGAGGUGCGGCAGCGAUGACAAAUGAGCUAUGUACUGCUGCAUGCGCUGCCGCUGGCUAUCCCCUUGCUGGAACAGAAUACUCUGGAGAAUGCUACUGUGGUCAAGUAUACUCAAAUGGCGGAGCUCAAACCUCUACCGGAUGCAACAUGGUUUGUAAUGGUGAUAACUCCGAGAUCUGCGGAGGAUCUAAUCGUCUGAGUGUCUGGUCGCGCAUCGGCUCGGGGACGGACCCAACGGCCACGGCAUCACCCCCGGCAGUGCCCGCACCGACCGGCUCCGGCACGGCAGCCGAACUCCCAGCAGACUGGUCCUACCAGGGCUGCUAUAGUGAGGGCACGAGCGGCCGCGCCUUUCUCAAUCAGCAGCCAGACAGUCAGACUCUUACCAUUGAGUCGUGUGUGACUGCUUGCAUUGGCCUUGGCUACAGCGUGGCUGGUAUGGAGUAUGCGUCUCAAUGUUUCUGUGACAACUUUUUGCGCAACGGAGCGGCUCUGGUGGCCGAUACCGACUGCGAAAUGGCUUGCAGUGGCAAUACCGCCGAGGACUGUGGCGCCGGCAAUCGGUUAUCGGUUUACUCAAACGAUACGCUGGUCAUUUACCAGCCUCCAACAGCUCAGACAACGGGCCUCCCUGGCGCGUGGGAGUAUGUUGGAUGUAUCUUGGAUGAUAUUGCUGAUCGUACGCUCCCAUGGAUGUCCAUUGAUAUGCAGAAUACCACAGCUGCUAGCUGCAUUGAAGGCUGCAGCAGAUUCGGUUACGAGGCCGGUGGUAUUGAAUACGGCUAUCAAUGCUUCUGUGGCGAUAUUGCCGACGUUGUCAACAAGGGUCGCGAUGUUUUGCAGCCAGAAACGGAUUGCAAUGUUGCAUGUCCUGGAGAUCCAACUCAUCUCUGCGGCGGCGGUAACAGAUUGACAUACUACAAAUGGACUGGCGAUACCUUGACCAGCUGGUCUUACGCUCAAGGCACGGCUGCUGGAAGUUACGACUUCAUCAUGUCGAGUCCAAUCAUCCCGCUGAUCAGCACGGUCGGUGUCAACGAUAAGGUCGUCUUUGUUGAAAAGCACGGUACCUCUACAGAGAACAACAGCACAGGAUCUUUUGAGUUUGACCCAAGUCUGGCCCCUGACUAUGGUACUGCCUUCCGUGAGCUUCAGCUAAAGACUGACGUCUUUUGCUCUGCAUCUCUGGUCAUGCCCGACAAAGUCGGACGUCAGAUCAACAUUGGAGGUUGGGCGGGAGAAGACCUCCACGGCGUGCGCCUGUUUACCCCCGACGGGUCACUCGGAACACCCGGCACAAAUCAAUGGGAAGAGAAUGUCGACAUCUUGAGCCUGCUUGACCCUCGCUGGUACCCAACCGCCAUGACUCUGGCCAACGGCAGUAUUUUCAUCAUCGGUGGCGAGGACGGUUCCGAUGGCCCAAUGGUUCCCAGUGCUGAGGUACUUCCAAGACCUGCGGGCGUCACGGCCGCCACACAUCUCGAUUACCUUGACCCUGCGGUGAACACUGCCCUCAAGGUCAAUUCGUAUCCCUUUGCUGCCGUGCUUCCGUCUGGCGAUAUAUUCUUUUCUCAGUACAAUGAAGCAAGAAUUAUAUCUCAUGUGGACUUUAGCACCAUCAGGAGUCUACCUCAGAUGCCAGGAGCUGUCAACAACCCCGAUUCUGGUAGAAACUAUCCUUUGCAAGGAACUCUGUCUCUACUGCCACAACACGCUCCUUUCACUGACCCAUUAGAGUUGCUGAUCUGUGGUGGAACUACUGACGGAGCGAACUUCGCACUCGACAACUGUAUUCGAACUCAACCUGAUGUGGCUGGAGCAGAAUGGACUAUUGAGAGAAUGCCGUCGACUCGUGUUGUUUCUUGCAUGGUCGGCUUGCCAGAUGGCCGUUAUCUCAUCAUGAAUGGUGCCUAUAAUGGUCGUGCUGGAUUCGGUCUGGCCCAGAAUGGCAACAGGGGUGCCGUGCUUUACGAUCCCACAAAGCCAUUGGGAACUCGCAUGACACAGCUGGCAAACAGUACCAUUUCGCGAUUGUAUCAUUCCGAAGCCGUGCUGAUGAACGACGGAAGAAUUCUCGUAUCUGGUUCGGACCCAGAAGACGGUAUCAACCCCCAGGAACAUCGUCUCGAGUACUUUUCGCCCGAUUACAUCUUGUCCGGGGCAGCCAAGCCAACCUUUACCAUUACCAACAAGGACUGGGCGUAUGGCCAGACUGUCACCUUUACGCUGACGUCUGCCGUGACUGGCGCCGUCCGCGUGUCCCUGAUCGGUGCAGUCGGGUCGACACACGGAAACAACAUGGGCCAGCGCACGCUGUUCCCUGCCGUGAGCUGCUCUGGCACCACUUGUACUGUCCAGGCACCACCGAAUGCCAAUGUGAGCCCGCCCGCUUGGUAUCAGAUGUUUGUCCUGGACGGACCGACGCCGAGUGAGUCCACUUGGGUGAGAGUUGGCGGAGAUCCUGCCGGCCUUGGAAACUGGCCAAACCUCCCCGGCUUCACGACGCCUGGUAUCUAA